AUGAAGCAAGAUGGCCAUCCCCGAAACCCCCAAGCUGCUCAAAUCCUCACACAAACCCUGAACCCAAUUCCCUUCGUCCCCGCCAAAUCUCUGCACAUGCAGCCCCAUCAGGAGGACCUCCUCAAGCGCCUAGGCCUCUGGGACUUUCUCCACAUCCACUUCGAUCCCUGUUUCCGGACUGAUCUCAUCGCCGAACUCGUCGCUAACUACAGCCCUCAGGCCCGGUGUAGCUUCGUGGCUGACGUCAGGGUCAGUGUCAGCCGUGCUGAUUUGGGGCGUGCAUUGAAGCUUCCGGUGAAAAAGCAGAACAAGAAUGUGGCUAGGGAGGAGUCGAAGGAGUCGAUAGGUUUGGUUGAGGAUUUGGUAGGGAAUUGGGUGCUGUUGGGAGAGGAUGAGAUGUGGGAGAUGCCCGAGGUGAUGGAGUGGUAUAAGGAUAUCGUGGAAGGGCAGUUUGGGAAUGUGGAUUGGGCGGGUUUGAUUUGGUGCAUGGUGGAGAAGGAGUUGCUUAAGGGUGAGCAAUUGGGGGAUUGUUACUAUGCGUCGCUGUUGCAGUUGUUGAUCAAGUCUCAGUGUGAGGGUUUGUUUUCGGUUGAGGAACAAGGGGCGGCUGAGGUGGAGGAAGAGAGUGGUAAAAUGGAUGAUUUUCAGGGAGGCAGAUUGGAGGAGCAUGGUAUUGGAUUGUGUCUUGAUGUUGAGCAUUUUGAGGGAGAAGAUGUGGAGAAAGUUGAUGUUGAGGGAGAAGAUGUGGAGAAAGUUGAUGUUGAGGGAGAAAAUGUGGAGAAAUAUAACAUUGAGCUAGAAAAUGUGGAGGAGAAAGUUGAUAGUGAGCAGGAAACUGUGGAGGAGAAAGUUGAUAUUGAGCUAGAAAAUGUGGAGGAGAAAGUUGAUUUUGAGCAAGGAAAUGUUGAGAAAUUUAAUAUUGAGCAAGAAACUAUGGAGGACCUUGAUGUUGAGCUUGAAAAUGUGGACAGUGUUGAUAUUGAGCUAGAAAAUGUGGAGAAAGUUGAUGUUGACCAAGAAAAUGGAGAGAAAGUUACAGGUGUAAAGGUGCUAGUUGAUCUUGGGGAUGAAUAUAUAAUGGAUACUGAAGAAUAUAAGGAGGAAAAGCCUAACCAUUGGCUUUCAGCUGGGAAGGAAAAUUUUAGGGAACCUUGUUUGCGGCGGUGUAAUCUUGAUCGGGUCAGGGAUUUAGGUUGUGGAAGAAGACUUAUGCAUGUAACGGAAGGGGGUAAUAUCCCUCCAAGCUCUGGUAUGCCACUGCAUGAUCAUUUGGCCACAGAUUUUCCUUCGUCAAGGUGGGACUUAAUGCUUCCUGGAAGGUCCUCACUUUCAGGUAAUGGUCACAAGAGAGAGUUUAGCCAGGAAAAUGAUAAUUCUCAUCAUGGUCUCAAUAGUAAUAAGAGGCUGAGGACUGAUGACCCUUGGCAUAGUAAGAUGCCGGGUGACUUUGACAUGUGUAUGGAGCAUGUACAGCAGUGGAUGGAAAAAACGAAGGAUAUACAACAGUGGAUGGGGAAAGCUCGGAUGAUGUAUGUGGCAAAAGAACAGGAGUAUGAAGAUGCUAAGAUGAACCCGCAGCUUUUACUGGUAGAGUUGCAGAAAAAGGAUGAGUUAAUUGAGCACUUGCACAAGGCCAGGACCGCAGAGCAGCAGAAGAGACAUACUGAGAAGCAUAGGUUUGAGUAUGAGGUUCAUUUGAUGCAAAAUCUCUUGAAUGGCUAUAGGCAGGCCAUAAAGGCAACACAAAAGGCAUUUGCUGAAUAUAGAGCACACACUUUACAGGCUGAUGAGCCACUCGAUAGGGAUGUUCAUGGUUCUGGGGGUCUUGUUUUAAGUGCUGGAGAACUCAAAAAGCUUCGCUUAAAGCAAGAAGAAGAAGAGAGGAUGAAGCAUCUGGCAAUUGAAACAAAAAUUAAGGGCUUUGAAGCUGGGUGGAUUAGCAAAUUUGAAGGACACCACAAGAGUGUUGAAAUAGUGAGUAAUAGGUUGUUGGAUGUGGAGAAGGGAGUGAAACUUCUUAAUGAACAGCUUACAGAAAGGAGGCUUGCAGAAACAGCAGAACCUACACCAAAUGAAUCAUGA